AUGUUCAUCCAAGGCUGCAAAAAUAUUCAAUUUCUCUGUUCAUUGCUGGCUUGUGCUCUUUUACUUGUCUGUGCCGCUCUGAUCGUCUUGAAGGCUUUGCAUAUUGAGCCAAGUGAGGCGAGCUGUGACAAGCUCACCUACCCUUGGUCGCCGGCGCUGGAUAUUAUCAAGUACCACUGGGAAACGUUCGAAAACCACCAAUUUUCCAUAAAGACUUCAUAUUUUAGCUUCCGCCCAACUCAAGAGAUUGAGGAUGCGUGGAAUGAGUUACUUCCACAGCACCCAAUUUCGAUCCCUGCAGACCGGCUGCAGAGCCUUGGACAGUUAGAUUCAGCAGAUGAUCCUGCCUGGGUUCGGGACCCCGGUGAUGCGAGUGCUAUCCUUGCACUCCCUGAGUAUGCUGUGCAGUUAGGCUGCUUAAAUUUUCUCCGGCAGCUCGGCUAUCGUUCUGACGACAACUUCACUCAUCUCCCCUCGUUUCAAGGUGAGAAUUCCCUGGUAUGGGAUAGAGCAUACCAGUGUAUCGAGCGACUGCGUCAUGCUAUCAUGUGUUGGGGUGAUGUCGGAGCCGUCACUCUUUAUUAUAACGGCGAAACAACCUCCGAGACGGAGCUAUUUAGAGAUGUGUCAUUUGACUUUGGAACACUUCAUUAUUGUCGGAAUUUCGACAGCAUAAACCAGUGGACGAAAGAAAAUGGCGUGGGGGCCGCCACAAUGAACAAUUUGUGGUGGGGAGGUUCCUAUGGUAUCUAG